GGAGGCAAAAAUGUUCAGCGCAUGUUGCGGGCAACGAUACAAAGAAGAGAGGAAUGCGAAGAAUUUAUGCUCUCAUUAAUGACAUUUUGCGUUGUGUUAUGGUGAAUUGUGCAACAAAUUGUUCCGGAAUAUACUUAAAUUAAUAUGUAUUUAAGGCUGCUGACUAGUAAAGGGAUGACGGUGCGAGGAGCAGUGAGCAACCGGUGAGCAAGUACCAUGAGCACCGUGAAUGGACAUGCAUCUGCACCCAACAAGAACAAGCGCAAGGUGGUCAGUGUUGUGCUGUUAAAUGGCACAGAGCUACUUGUUCAUGUUGAUGUUAAAGCCAAGCUGUACGAGGUUUUUAACCAGGUUGCAGCCCACCUUAGCUUGCGUGAAACUGAAUACUUUGGCCUCGCCAUUAUCAGAGAUGGAGAAUACCAGUUCCUGAUACUGGAUGAAAAAAUCUCUAAGGUGGCUCCAAAAAGGUGGAAGACAGUCCCAGGAGAGGGCCUUGACAAUGAGAACAGACCUUUGUUAACUGUAUGGUUUCGUGUUCAGUUCUAUGUUGACCAAGUGGUAUUAUUACGGGAAAAGGUAACAAGACAUUUGUACUACCUGCAGCUGAAGGAGAAUGUUCUCAAGUACAAUCACCUAUACAACGAAGAGAAGUGCUUCCAGCUGGUAGGCUAUGCUCUGCAGGCCGACUUUGGCAACUUUAUUCCUGAAAAGCACACAGUUGGCUAUUUCGAUCCUAGCCAGUACUUUCCAACCUGGAUGCUGGAAAAACAUGGAUGUGACUACCUAACGGACAACUGCCCUUUAAUCCAUCAUGAUAUGCACAAUAUCACUCGCACUGAUGCAGAGCUCAAGUAUGUGCGGGAGUGUUCAAUGCCUCCUGGAGCACACAACCUCCAUUUUUACCAUGUACGAAAGAAGAAGACAGAUAAAACAUGUAACACCUGGCUGGCCAUCUGUGCACGAGGAGUUGAAGUCUAUGAGGAUGAUGCUGGGUUCAAAAACUUGAUAUCAACAUUUUUGUGGCCUGACAUUGGGAAACUUUACUUUGAUAAAAAGAAGUUUGAAAUCCGGUCAGUUGCAAGUGCCGGUGGUCGUCGAUUCACCUAUUACACAGAGAGUGAUUCCACCUCCAAGUACUUGCUGCAUAUCUGCAGGUCAACACAUAUGUUCCAGAUGGCCAUUCACCCAAAACUGAUGGAGAUACGCCAUCUGGAUGCUGAAGACAAAAAACGUUACAGAGAAUCAUACAUAUACAGUGAUGCACGUGAUCUUGUAAUGAACGGGGGUCUUGUUCAGUACCGUGCUAAUCGUUCUCCUGGGAAGUCACCAGCUGGGACACAGCGUUGCUCUGUCAUAAGUGAUGCCUCCUCUAAUACUACCUCAGGCAUUGUUAGUGACAAGAUGGCAAUCAGCUUUGAUGAAGGAGAAGAACACAGCAAAGAGAUAAUAAUUGACUGUCCUCCCCGCCAGAGCCAGGCACUGAGCAAGAUGCAAUUUAUGGGAAGUUACAAGAUGACCCCACCUACGCCAGGAAGUCGUAGUACUGUUUUACCUCCACAGACGCUAGAACUGUUUCGAUCACCUGGAAGCAGUGGAAAGAGUUCUCCUAGUUCCACUCAUGGUCAAGAGUUGUCACCUGUCAGCAGUAAUGGUAGUUACCGAGCCAAACUUCAUCAGACAACUCACACAUUAUAUUGUGGAGGAAAACCUCAGUCAUACAUGCUUCCCACUCCUUCGCCAUCAUCGCCAGCUCAGCCUUACUCUCUUCCAACACCAUCACCGUCCACACCACAUGAGAGGGAUUUUACAGUGACUCGAAGUGCAAGCUGCAAAGAAAACUUUAAGGGUUUUCAGGGAUCCAUGUUGGUUGGUGAAAGAAAUGUGUCGGGUGAUAGCACUGCAACAGCCAGCUCCACUACGUCAACAGGUGUUGUGUCCCUCAGUGUGGAAAACUCCCCUGUUGUACAACCAGCCAACUUGUCAGCAGGUGCGAGUGGUGGGAUGGGACAGUAUGGCAAAUCACCCAUGUCAGGGUCACCUAAGUUCUGUUUAGGGAAUCCUGUGUCCUCGUCUUUCCCAUCCACAUUGCCACCAGCAUCACCCAUGUCCAGCAGUGGAUUGAUGCCCUCAUUUCAGGUGGACAAAACAGCUGCUCCUUUGGUCCAUUCUGUGAUGGCACAGCUGACAGUGCCUGACACCUCACCUCACCACCACCUGGGGACCACCUUGCCAACAGAACACCUGUACACAGACCGUACUGACUUAAAGCAGCAGGAUGUACAAGAAACUUUGAUACCAACACAUGCUUUCACAGACAUUUCUAAAGCUGUGGACCUGUCUUCAACCAACAAAAUUAUGGGAGUGCAGAGUGAACAGAAGCGUUCAAAUGGAUUGCCACAGGUUUGCAAUGUUGGGGCCAGCAGUGGUGUUCUUUAUGUGCACAACCAAGGAGGGUCUGUCGAUUCUGGCAAUGUUCUGUCAGAUGACAGCAGCAGUGUUCAUCACUCCGCUCAUUCAAGUGAAGACGACUCAGGUGUUAAAGAGACUUACAGUGAGCCAGGUGUUACGCAAAAAUGUCCAGGGCACAGAAAGGCACAUAAGCUGUCUGGGACAGGCAAGCCAACGCAUGUGUCAGUGAAGAACCAGAAGGAAGCGCUACAUCCAGAACUUGAGCAAAUUCUGGGUCAGUCACAUGCCCACUCUUUGCCUCUGAUCACAGCCCUGUGCAAUGACCUGAUGACAGGUAGCUCUCACAGCUCCACUGGCUCUUAUGACACAGCUGCUGUCCAUUCCUUUGAUCCACACUCUGCUCAUGUUAUUGGUGAGAUGGAUGCACGGCGCUGGUCGACCUGUGACCCAGGAGACCUGGGUUCCGAUGCUGCAAGCUUUGAGGCUGGAUGUGGUUCAACAGGAACAAUGUUAUUAGUGGGGGGAGGGGCAUCAGGAGCACGCCCAUAUUCUUGGCACAGUGAACACUUUGAUCUGGACUCUUCACUCAGUGCUGCAUCCCAUAGCAAAGGAACAUUACUUCAACAGCAGCACCUUCAUCAGCUGGACAACCAUCGAAGUGUGCCUCAUAACCUCUACACUUGUUCUUCGUCUGGAGUGGGGGGUCUGUGCUUUGGACACAAGCUGUGGCCAGCAGUUGUGCUCCCUAUGGAGGCUCACUGGACCGCUAUUCACCUGACUUGAUUGCCCAACACCUUAUGAUUCCAUCACGACUGAGCAGUGGUGGCCACAGUAACACAGACGGCAAUAUAAGUCACCACAAAGGUCUGAAGGAGAACAUAGGAAUAGCUUGAGAUAUAUAAACAUUAUUUCAGAACUAAAACUAGUGGGGACAGUAUGGAGAUAAAGCAUGAAAAGCUUAUGGAAAUCCACAAUGGUCAUUUUUUUUUUUUUUGCUGUUUUCUUUUAAAAAUAGGGAUAGAGAACAUUACUGGUUACAAACUAGACUGCUAGAAAAUAUGACUCAACUGUGGUUGAUUAACCUGAUGUGUAGUAAUAAGGAUUGACAAGUAAGCACCACAUGCAAACAUAUUCUGGUGCACAGCUACCUACUUGUGCUACCACAAAAUCUAAAAUCAGAGAUUAUGAUUUGCAAUGGUUAGCUUUAAUAUCUGAUGUUAUCCAGUGAUAGGUAUUUAGAUUGAAAUGUGUCAAAAGCUGAUGAUACUGAUAAAAAAAAUAUGAAAAGUGAUUGCUAUUUAUAAAAACAGCACUAAAAGCAUUCUUUGGGAAAAGGAGACCACAAAUAGAACAGCAGUGAAAAAGGUUGCCUGUAAUUCUUAAAAAUGUUCUGAAGUCAAUUAUCCUUGUGCAUUCACUUUUUCUAAUUGCUUCCUGCGUGUUCAUACUGCCCAAAAAACACUAAAUUCUUUUUUUUACCAUUAAAAAAUUGUUGAAACUGAAAAAGAGUUUGCUAAAUUUUGUGGAAAAUUUAAUAGUUUUUAUGUAUUUUUAAUGGUAUCAGAAAUUGGCUCAUCAAAAAUAUUCUUUUUUUAAACAGAAUUUUGCAGGUGUUCGUUAUUGCUUUUUAUCUUUGGGAUUUUUUUAAAGGUGAACAAACUUUUUGAAAGUUUUUCUCUGUGCAACUAACUCUAAGGCAUGCAUUGUAGCAGCAAUGAUAUAUAAUGGAUUUAAACAAAUGUUAUGCAGGGUUAGAUUUAUUGUAAAAUUUGCUUAUGCAUCCUUGUUCACAAUUUUGCCUAUAACAUGCAUUUUAUUAGAAGUAUAUAUGAAACUUUGUGAUCACUCUAGUUACAAGGCAACAAUUUAUAUCUUAGGUGCCUAUAAUUAACAGUUCUGUAGAACAAAAGCAAAAUAUAGUAUUGAUAUGAUUUAAUGCAGUUGAAAAUGUUCCUGGAGAUUUGCUGUUUUAACUUUAAGGCCCUUUAUAAUAAGACUAGUGUAGAUAAAUGCAAUCAAUUUUCAAUUCCAUAAAGCAGGAUUUUUCAAUCGGUGUCACCUUUGAGUUCAUGCGUCCACAUAUCGAACCUAGCCGAUACAGAGUUAUAACCUGUAACUUCCUAAGAAUGGGUUGUUGAUGGGGACUUGUGCUGGGAAAGGGGUGUAUGUUGGAAAAAUUACUGUCCCACCUUUUCUACUUUUUCUGCUGGCUUCCGGCCAUUAUGUUCAGAGGUGUUUGUGCCCUGAGGUGGUCCACUUGUAGUUAUGCCUUGAAGCAUACACUGCAUAUGUGUUCAUAAUUACACAUCGAGACUUAGGAGAAGUGUCUGCAGUUAAACUGUAUACAGAUUUCUCUCCCUCUUGGUCCCCUUGCUCGGGUUCCUGGAUACGGCACUGCACUUGGGUUUGUUUGUUCAGGGCAACUGUGCCAGAUGUGGGAAAUCGCUUUCCCAUCAAAACUGCACUGCCAACCGUUUGAUUCCAUACUGAUGGUCAUAGUGCACCACAAGCUGCCAGGUAUACCAGAACGACGGUUUGCCAAUCGUAGCUCAAAUACUCCUAGAGCCUGGGUCCUGACAGUUUAUAUUUAUCAAGGAGAGCUGCCAUGAUUUAUGGCAGUCCACAUUGCAGGCAACAUGCUGUCAGGUUUGGGUUUCUGCCUUUUAGCAGUACAAUGUUGCACGGCCGCCAUUUUCAUUUUCUUCUAUCAUCCACUGACAAGUAAUCAGGGGCUUCUCACUUUCCCACCUCUGCCUGAGAUAGACCGGCAGGAGCUCCCACUCUGCAUUGACAACGUCAAAGUUUUGUACUCUAGGGUUUUUCUCCAUGCUUGAUGCUGCUUGAGUGAAGGGCUAAAGGAGAAUGACCUAUGUCAUCGUGCGGUGAUGCUGGUCAUCAGAUCCCUGCUCCCUCCAUUCUGCCCUGAUUUUCCCCCUCUCAUCUCUUGUUAAAUAUCCAUGCCAAUGUCUUCAUUCCAUUUGGCCCCUGUUGACCACUAUAACUAUGCAGUGCUUCACCUCUCCCCUCCCUUGCAUGUACACUGUCUCCAGUUAAACUCGGGUUACCGAAUGCUAAUCUCCACAUAAUCAGAGAAAUGACAACAAAUGAUUGACCAGGUAGGUAAAUACUUCACAAACUUUGGUCAAACAUUUGUCCAUAUAUGUCUGGCUAAGAGGAGCCUUUACAAAAAGCAAUGAAAAAGAAAUGACUGUCUACACAGUUCACUUGUUUUGCUAUUUCAGCUGUACUAUUUUUUCAACACAGGAAGAAGAAUUCAUCUGGAAAAAAAUAAUGAGUUACUCCAAAUAUGACAAUUGGUUUCAUUUAAAAAGUGUAUAAAAAAAUGUAUCAAGUGUACAGAUUACAAUGCAUCAGCUAAGUAGUUCCCACAUUGUUGCAAAUCCUCAUCAAAGUUCUUUUGCAUUUUCUAUGAACAUAGUCUUUUGUACCAUUUAUCUUCAUUCUCGUGUCUCAUUUGUCAUCAUUUUUACGUUAGUAUAAAUAUUUAAAUUAGUAAAUUAAAAAUAAUUAAAAUAUUUGUAAGAUAAUCUGAGUUAACCACAAAUUUGCUUAAUGAUCUGUGCAUUGUGUGGCACAUCAUGGCAGUGUUUUGAAUUUAAAUAUAAUGGAAUCAAUAAAUGACUUGGAAAAUCUUCAUUACUUCCAAUUUUAUUUACAUCUGUCAUUUGUACAGAAAAUGACAUUCAGGUAGCAUAUUGUAUAGCAGUAAAUGGAUUUCAUUAGCAUUAGAUUUAUUCAUUUCUUUUAAGUUUUUUCUUUUGAGCUACUUUUUUUUUUGUAAUUUGUAAAUUAGAGGGACCUGGUCGGUAAGCAUGCAAUGAGGUUAGAAUACUUGGGUCCCACACAACCGACCCUGUUAGUGUAUAGUUUAACAUAAAAGGAUAAAAGGAACAGGAGUUUGAGUAGGAUUUACUGGCUAACAAAAAUAGAGCAAAUUUUUUAUAAAUUGUAAAUUAGAUAACAUGAUUCCAUUCAGAAAAAAAAACAUGUUGGAGAAAUUAUGUCAAGUUAAUGCUGUGAUAUUUUUCUGAUUUCAGCAGAGAAAAAUGAGUGCAGUUUUGUGAGUCUAUUUAGUUUCAAAGUGGUAAUUUGGCAGGUAUAAAUUUUACAGAAUCAGAAUCAAAUUUUUACAAUGUUAUAUGCAAAUAAUACCAUUUUUUCACUAGGCAAGUCAAAUCAAAUAACAUAUACCUGUAGAGUUACAUGUUCCAAUCACUUUUGUCAGAAUAAUAAUGUUAGGUUGUGUGAUCAUGAAUCGAUUGUAUCCUCAUAAUAGCUUCAAAGCUGCAUUCUCAAAAUAUAUGUCAAUGUCUUGCUUUCACUAACAGAGUACUACCUUCUGGUCCUUAAUGAACAUGCCACAGGAAAUUUCAUACCUUCAUAUUUGAGUAAAUGGCAAGUCUGAUGAAUUGUAAUCUAGCAGCAGAAGUCCUUUUUUUAAAAUUUUUGUUUUAGUUUCAUGAUAUACACAUGUAACAAGAACUAUAAUAGAAAAGAAGUCUUAACAAAUAUACUGCUGUCAAACAUUGUCUAGGGGUUCAAAUGAAUAAAUACCAAAAGACUUUUAAAAAUAGAUAUGGUUGCAAAAGCAUAUUUUGUAUUUUCAGGCAGACGCAUGCUCCCAAUUACCACAAACUAGAUUUUUUUUAAAUGAUUAAAAAAUGUAUUUUGAAGAUUGAGAGCAGAAUCUAUCCUUUCACAUGGAAAUUAAUACUUUGUUUUUCUUCAGAUCCAAUAUUGGGUGGGCAGGCUUCAUGGAUCGCCUUUGUUUCUUAUUUUUGCUUUGGAUGACAGUGGCAGGUGGUAAAGUAGAUGGCAAGUGGCUUUUCUCCACUCUCCAAUAUUCCACAUGUCAAUAAAAAAUGAAAACUUCGGCAAGUUUUUGGUCACAGAAUGAGAGUACACUUUUGUUCCUCUAUAACUGUUUGUUUUGACUGUGUAGAGUGUGACCUGUGAUAGGCACUGUCUUUCAGAAUCAUGUUAGUGCAUAUGUUUGAUAAAUAUCUGUUUCUUCUGAGAAAAGAAGAGGUUCCAGAUGGGCAGGCUGAAACCAAAUAGUUAAUUGUUUUACACUUACUCAUUAUUUGUAAAUUAAGCCUCAGAAUACCUGAGAAAUUGUUUUACAAUAAUGUUGAUAGCACAGAAUUUUGAUUACUUUUGUUUGUAUACAUUUGCUAACUGUUGUGAAAAGCCUUACCAUUAAAAAAAACAUUUUGUUUGUGGUUUUGAAAAAAACAAUUUUGCUUGCAUAAUCUUUUGGGGUAACAGGGAACUCUACCUCUGAAUUUGAUAUUUAAUAGGUACCACAUGGUGGAAGCGUGUUUACUGAAGUGUCUUCUAAACUUUUUCUACAUUUUCUAGCAAGCAGAACUCUUUUUUCAUCUGUAUUUGUAUAUGAGGGCUAUAGCUAUGGUUGGGAGAUAAAGGUACUUUAGAUGCUGCUUUAGGCCAAAAGCAAAAUGUGCUGUGAUGCUCUAGAUGUUUAAACCCAGUCAUUUAGUCUAGGUCUGUAGCUGUGGGCUGCAUAUCAGUUUAGAGACAUGCCUCCAUAACAAUGGUCCCUUCUGAUUUCAUUUGAACUAAAUAAUUUUGUUCUGCACCAUUUUGAGAUUGGAUUUUUAGUGCUAUUUAAACCUGUGUUAGAUUUAAUAUAGUUCUUUGUUCUGAUUCUGCCUAUUGAAAUGAAAGACUUGUGGAGUGUUACGAUUGUUUGAUGAGGCUUUUUUAAAUGUUGCCUUUUUGGUUUCUGCUUUCACUUGCAAAAAACUUUGUCCAGUAAGUAGGCUGAAGAACGGUGCAUUUGUUGUUUAAAACUUUCCUACUAAAUGAAAAGUACUGUCAAAGACUGCAAAAAGAGGUGUGUUGUAUAUUAUCAAGGAACUAUCAUUAAAGUAUUUUAAGCUGCUGUGUACAUAAAGCUACCAUAGAGAGGUUAUGAUUAAAGGCAUUGCCGUUAUUAAAAAAAAAAAUCUUUUGCGUGUCUUAGCACACAUGUAUGUAAAGAUGUACUAUUUCAUCUCAUAAUAGCCUAGUGCAAUAUCUAUUUAUAUUCAUGAUAAUAAAUGUGUAAUAACUUUUACUAUAUACUGUCGUGCAUGAAUUAUCCACAUUUACAAUAAUGCAUUUGUUCAUUUUCUCAGGGUCUCAAAAUUCCUUUUUGUCAGAUUUCAAACACUCUUGGGGUUCUCUUUUGUCAAGGUAAUGGUGUGAAAGAGGGUGGGGGUGGGGAUAUUUGUAAUAAAGUAAGGUGCAUUCUUUUGCAAAAAAGUUUGAAUUAAUGGGAAACCCUAUUUCCUGUCGAUGAAGCCAGUCUUGUUCAAAUUUGUAAUUUAUUAGAUACUGCUUUUAAAAAAAGUUACCUGUAAAUAGUUGAACAAAAAGAGAUCUAAAUGUCUUAAGACAUUUGGAAAGUAUCUUAUUUCCACUUCGUACAAUCAAAUGUGGAUGGGGUAGUUUGUGUGUGUACAUGGUGCAUGUGCGACUGGGGGAAUGUGAGAAGAGGGAAAAAAGGAAGGUAAUGACAUUUUCUACCCCUGAUGUUCCUCUAAAAAAAAUUUUUAUAUUCUGUCUUAGUGGAUGUUUUUGGGUAUGUGUGUGUUCAGAAGAGAUCCAUAUGUGAAACUAAUGCUUUACUCAGAUAUUGUGAUGCUUUGUUAUAUAAUGAAUUCUUGUUCUCUUUAACAUCUGGGUGUUUAUUUGUCGAUAAAGGCAAAACUCUGGUAAGUGGUAGUCAAUAAGGAAUUUACAGCUUAUAAUGCCAUAUGCGUGUAUUUUUUUUAAUACGUUGGGAUUGGUUUUUGUUUUUAACUUUGUAUGAUGUAGUGCAAUGUUGCCUGCUUUUUGGUGGUGAAAAUAAUUAUGCUUAGAGCUGUGCAGCAGCUGAGUGAUGACAGGUGUUUUACAAAGCCACAGCUGUACUGAUAAUAAUUUUUCCUAACCUGAUUCACCAUAAUAGUAUUGUGUGAAGAAAAUGUAUCUAUUAAAUAGCAUUGUAUUGUUAUACGUAAAGUCUUGAAUAGAUAAGUGAUUACUUGUAAAACAUUUACUGUUUGUGUUUUGUGGUUGAAUAUAUGCACAAUGGUUUUGCACAUGGAAUGGUUUGACUGUCAGAAAAGCAUGUGACAUGUUUCUUUCAGGUUGGUCUAGGGAGUUGCAGCCAUUUUCAGCUUCCUCGUGGUUGUGCUGAGAACAGUGUCAUGUUUAGAGACAUUUUUAUACAUAUCAAUGUGUACUGCAUGAUUAUCUCAAAAGCCCAGACUUACUGUGUUCAUGUAGAAGUGAACAGACAGCAAGAUAAGCAGUAUGUGCACUUGCACAAAAAAUAGUAUAGCCAUCAUACUGUUGCUUCCAUAUUUUUUCCUAGAAAGGGCUUUUUAUUGUGAUUCAGCAUCAAAAGAAUAGAAGUGAGAAAAAGAAAUGUAGAAAAGAUUUUCAUUAAAAACUCGUAGGUAAAAUAGACAUUUUUUUCUAUCAUUUAUCUUUUCCCUAAAGAGUUCAGAUAUGUUGCUUGGUAAAUUUUGAUUGCGCGACAUAAAAAUUUCUGCACUGCAUCCAUUCUCAAAUGUUUGGGUUCACAACUUAUGUCAAAAAUGUGAAGGUGACCUUAGAACAGCAGUUGCAUUUUGAAGGAAGAUCUGAUGUUGAAGGUAGAGGAGUGACUGGGAAAAUGAGUCCAUGUGUUUUUUUUUUUUUUGUAAUGUAUUAUAAGAAUGAAAGCAGAACUAUACAUCAUGCAGAGAUACUGAUUUAUACAUGCAAGUGUCACAGAAUAACUCUAUGCACGUCUGAUUGUGAAUUUACUAGUACUUAAUUACAUUGAUAGUCUUUAGUGAUUAAGCUGCAACAUUUAUAUUGGUGUUGAUGUUUUUGGUAGGAGAGGCUCAGGAGACCAAAGAAACUGGAGUUUUUCAAUUUGAAUGGCAUGUGCAUGCAUGCACAGCCAUUCCUUGCUGUGUUACUGUUCAUCAGUGCAUCUGGCUCAAGAUAUUUUAUUUAGUUUUAAGUUAUGCACGUUGAUGAAUGGAGAAAGUAAGGGAGUGAGUGUUUAUUGAGAUGGUUCCAAGCCUUCAAAUAAUCCCUGCUGCUUAAGACAUUAUGGCCUGGCAUAUUUGCUGUUGUUUUCAGAACUUAGAGAAAGCUACCAUUUUGGACAGGUCUGCAUGAAGCGAUGGCACAAAAAGUCAAACUGUUGCAUCUGCAAUAAAAACAAAUUUUAACUUGUGAGACAUAAUUUGGUUGUGCUAAAAAAUGGCUGUUAAAGUACUCAAAUUAGUGAGGAAAAAACAUAUAGGCAACAAUAGACUGCACCAGCAAGGUGUUGAAAUGGGAGCUGUACUUUCUAAACCACACCCAAUUUUUACAGUAUGAGUGAUAAAUACAAGACCUUAAAACAGAAUGGAGCUUUAUGCAAGAGCCAAACACAUCUAGCUAUUGCAUUGUUUUUGUACUUUAUUUUGUAUAUGCUCGUGCCAGUGACACUGUGUGCAGGUUGUGUUUGGCCACAUUAUCAUGUUAGCCAGAUAUCAAAUAUUUCUUGAUAUUCCAUAUUUGUCCAUUUACACUACGUAUAUAGACAAACACAUGAACAUGUAAUAAAGAAAUAUAUUUCGUUAAAAAAAAA